UAUCUCAAUAGAAAAACUUUUUUUUUUCAAAGGCAACAGAAAAUUUAAUACAUCAAAGUUUCAUAUGUUGCUAAAGAUUACAAUUAUAAGGUAUGGAUCUUGCUUUAAUAGACUACAACGGCCUAUGCUUACAUAAUAAUAAGUUUACCCACAUCACAGUGAACAAGAUUUUCAAAAACUCAAAUACAAGAUUAAUCCAGAAGCCAGGUUCAUUGACCACUACUACCGCAAACCGGUCUAGCAAGGUUCGAUGUGAGAGUACCUUGCCCCGCCAAUUGGCCGAAGCCAGUAGUAGCUGGGAGAAAUUGCAUCACGAUAAUGAGAAAACAUGGCGAUCGUUGGAGGGUGUGGUUCGUUGUUCGGCUAAUUAUGUUCCUUUAUCACCCAUUAGCUUCUUGGAACGAGCAGCCGAUGUUUAUAAGGACAGGACAUCCAUUAUCUACGGCUCCAUCAAGUACACAUGGCAACAAACACAUCUUCGUUGUGUUAAGCUUGCAUCUGCUCUUAACCGCCUCGGAGUUUCUCGUGGCGAUGUUGUGGCAACGCUAGCACCAAAUGUCCCGGCAAUGUUAGAACUUCAAUUCGCGGUUCCCAUGUCGGGGGCCAUAAUUUGUGCCCUCAACACACGUCUGGACCCAAAUAUGAUUUCCACCCUUCUCAAACACUCCGAAGCAAAAAUCCUAUUUGUCGACUACAAAUUAUUGGAAAUGGCUCAAGAAGCUGUCACUCUUGUUAAGGAAACACACUCUAAACCUCCUCUUCUUGUCAUAAUAUCUGAACACGAUUCUACAUGCGAAUACGAGAGUCUCGUGGAAAGUGGUGAGACCAAUUUCUCGAUAAUUCGAUCUAACGACGAAUGUGAGUCCAUAAGUCUAAAUUAUACAUCCGGGACAACAUCAAGGCCAAAAGGGGUUGUUUUUAGCCAUCGAGCUACAUAUUUGAGUGCCUUAGCCUCGGUGGCCAUGCAUGCUAUGCAAGAGACGCCUACGUAUCUUUGGACGCUGCCUAUGUUUCAUUGCAACGGAUGGUGCUUCUCGUGGGGCGUCGCCAUUGUUGGUGGAACUAACAUUUGCUUACGACGUUGUGAUCCCAAGGAAAUAUUCGACAACAUAGUACUUCAUAAUGUCACACAUAUGGACGGGGCUCCAACUGUGUUGAACAUGAUCGUGAAUUCUCCGCUCAACCACCGAAAACCGCUUCCACACAAGGUCAAGAUCUUGACAGCCGGUGCACCUCCACCCCCGACGAUUCUUUCAAAGAUAGAGGAGUUAGGAUUCCAUGUUUCUCAUGGUUACGGUCUCACUGAAACAACCGGUUUAGCAACUUCAUGUUUGUGGAAACCCGAGUGGGAUCGUUUGUCCCGUGAAGAACAAAUGAAGAUUAAAUCACGACAAGGAGUGAAAAACUUUGCGAUGCAAGAAGUUGAUGUAAAAGAUUCAAUCACAAUGGAGAGCGUAAAAUGCGAUGGGAAGUCGAUGGGAGAGGUUAUGUUUAGGGGUAAUACGGUCAUGAGUGGAUACUAUAAGGAUUUGAAAGCUACCGAAGAGGCUUUCGUUGGAGGUUGGUUUAGAAGUGGUGAUCUUGCGGUCAGGCAUCCAGACGGGUAUAUAGAAGUGAAGGACCGGUGUAAAGACAUUGUAAUAUCUGGUGGAGAGAAUAUAUGCACGAUUGAGGUUGAAACUGUGAUUUAUAGUCAUCCGGCUGUUCUAGAGGUUGCUGUGGUAGCACGACCCGAUGAUCAUUGGGGUCAAACUCCUUGUGCAUUUGUGAAGUUGAAAGAUGGUUUUCGUGUUGAGGGUCAAGAAAUUAUUCAGCAUUGUCGAGAUAGAAUGCCACAUUAUAUGGCGCCUCGUACUGUUGUUUUUGACGAUUUGCCAAGAAACUCGACUGGCAAGUUACAAAAGUUUGUGUUGAGGGAGAAGGCGAAACUCAUGGGAAGUUUGAGUCAUCAGAAAGUUUAAUAAAUUGUGCAAGUAUUUCAAUCUGUAUGCAAUUGGAUUUGGCUAUGUAUGUUACUAGACAGAUGGUAAUCAUUAGUUGCAAUUCUAGUUGUGCAAGUAUUUUCUGCAAGUUAAUUGUAUUUCU